AUGGAUGUAGAAGAAGAAGUACAUGAUUUGGACAGCAGACUUAGAAACUUGAAGUAUCUAAAGGAAAAGUUGAAAGUGAACUUAGAAAAUAGUGCCCUAAGACAGUUGGUGGAAAAUGGAUUGUGCAGGUCUGAGUAUAUGUGUGAUUUCUACCAAGGCUGUUGUGAUUCUAGCAAGGAAGUAUUUAUUGGUAUACUAGAUGAACAGCAUCUCGGUAGCGAGUCCAGUUAUAGUAAGGCCUUACAGUCCAAUUGGAAUAAAUUAAUGCACAGUUUAAAUGGUAACAUCGAUAGCAUCCAGCAUCGCUUGAAAGCUCAUUAUUUGGAUUAUUUUGGUUUGGCUGUACAAGAGAAGGAUGAUUUUGGCAACACUAUUAGACAGGGGAGAGUCAUAGUGCCUAACAUAACUGUAGAGCGGUAUCAUUCAAGCUGGGAGUUGGUGGAUGGUAAACCCGUGGAGAAGGAUGUGAACAACGUUGUGGUGCAGGUAGAAUUGGGUCAUGGGUCAGAUAGAGCGAUUGCUUUGACGGGCGCGGCUCUCGAGAUGCUAAAUUGUGUCAACCCAGCGAAAGUAUUGGCCGCUAAUUUAUUAGAUAGUACCACUAAUUGUCAAUGGAAGUUGGUUCGUUGCAUUCGACAAGUAAGAUCGUGCAUUAGAUCGCUCCGUAGAUCGUUUGAUGUAGGAUUGGUGUUGUUAAGUAUUUUCAAGGACAGAGUAUUGCAAGAUCUGGCUGAAAAUGAUGUUAGUUGGACAGGUUUGUUAAACACCGAUGAGUUACCGUGUAAUUGGUUAACGAAGUUUUACCGGCGACGCAUGAAAACGAUAGUGUGGCGGAUCAGUUUAAAUGAUUAUCUUGAUUUUAUGAAUGGUGUGGACUUGGAAAAAGAACCGUACAAGCUAUCCUGCGGACAUCGAAGGGUGGUAAGUGUGUUACAACAAGGGAAGAAGACUCCAAAGGAGUAUGAGUCAUUAGUAUUGGGCUUGUGGAGUGCAGAGAAUACACGUUGUAAAAUAACAUACUCAUACGUCACUUCUGGGUAUAGUACGUUGGUUCUGGAUUUGUGCAGUGAUACCAGUGUCGUGUUGGAGUACCAUGUCCUGGAGGUAGGGGGAAAUAGAGAAGAUGGAGACAUAGUCAUAGAUAUUGAAGACUGUGAUACUGAGUGUGAGUUCAACCCUGCCUUAAUCAAUGGUCAAUGGGCAAAAGAGAUUGUUACUCCGGGUCUCAAUUAUAAACAGUUGAAAUACAAUAGGAGUAUGUUAGGAAUGAUAUGCAUGGCCACUGAACAGCGAAGGGGUAUGAAAGUGGGCUUAAUGACUGGACUGGAUGAUAAGGUCAUAAAGGAUGACGGUAACGCGGGACUGAGUUGGGGUGUCCUAGUGCAGAUGAAUUUGCUUGAAUACACUGAUUAUUAUGGGAAUGGAUACGUCGGUCGUGAAUAUUCCCGUGCAGCAAGAGUAAUAGAUGUGCUUGAUGUAAGAAGAUUAGUGUCAAAAGCAAUAACAAGUAUGAGUUCCUACGUGGAUCAGUUUGAGAUCAAUUUGGAUAAUAAGGGGGAGAGAGGAGUUGAAUUGGGCUUUCCGGAGGACGCGUUUUUUGAUAAAAUUCGUGGUGUAAUACCUGUGGCAGAGGUGUUGUUUGGACCUAGUGUUAGUCAGACGGUGUCGCACAGUUGGCCUGUAAUUGGAGAUUGCAAUUAUCGAGUUAAAGAAGUGAUGAAGGAGAGGUUGGUGGGGAUCAAUCGACCUGGACUUUAUAUAUCCGACUACGGUUUUGCUGUGGGAUGCAGUUUGGAUGAUGUCUAUAAUGUUGAUGACAAAGAGUUGUAUGGGCGCCGUCUGAAGUCGAUGAGUAGUGUGGCGCAGUAUGAGGGUAUUAAUUACCGCUUGGACGAGAAAUCAAUAGUACCGAGGGAGGGUGCUUUCCGAGUGGUAGUGGGGCCAAUGAUCCUGAUAAAUGGAGCUAUAGUCAUGAAAAACUACGCUGUGGUGUUUUGGGGUGAUGAUUUGAAAAUGCACCGAUUUAGAAAGCUGGAAGUUGACAAUAUCGUUGGUGCACGGAUAUUGAGGGAUACGAUUAAGUAUGAUACAUGGUUAGAGAGUAUCAGCAAUACUAACUACGUGCCUGGUAAAAAGCAGAUCCUUGAUAUAGACUCAGUGGAAUUUCUCAGGUCAGCUUUUAUCGAGGCAGUGGUGGAUAAGACUUCUACAGGUAAAUGA